ACGCAGCUGAUAGGUCCCAAUCGGAAGACAAAGUAAAUUAAUAAAGAAAUUCUCUUCGAGUGAGAAUAAACUACAAGAUUUUAAAUUCACUAAUUGUCUGCCUUCCUUACUGCUUGGGAAUGGUUUAAAUACAUAAAAAUACAAUCACAAACUCCUACUUUUAAGCAACUAAAGAUAAUGGAGGAAAUGGAAUAGUGCAGAAGUUGGCCAGAGAUCGUGUAGGUUGGGAGUGUAGAAGUUGAGCGGGAGUUGUGGGGGUUGAUCCUGGAGUAUUGAUUGUUUUCUAAGGAUUCCUUUUUUUUUGGGUUGCCGUUGGGAUCUUAUGAUCCUAUCAUUGCCUCCUCUUUUUUUAGAACCUUGUCCUCAAGGUUCAGGUACCUUUGGUCUCUCCGUUCAACUAGGUUUCGCAGGAUCAUCAUUCUCUUCCUCUUUGUUGCCUUCUAGAAGUAAUAGUUGGAAUCGACGUUAUCUAUGGCCGAAGGUAAACUUUUCGUCACAGUGGAAACACAGAUCUUGUGCUCGCCGACACUGUGCCUCUUCCCAAGAUAAUCGCUUGGGAGCUGCGACUGUUUCUGCUAGAGCUCGCAGAGUCUGGUCGGAUAGGGAGCGCGAUCGUGGGUCGGGUUGAUUCCGCCCGCCCUAGUCGAGCCUACCUUGACAGCCCAACUGUUCCUCGCGCAUGCAGGCCAGACUUAUUGCAUCCUUCAAGGUCCUAAGCUUGAACAUCCUUAUCCCUUCUGUUAUCUCGGGCUGAAGUCCGCCCAUGAAGGUGCCAAUUAAAGCCUUUUGGGUCCACCCGUGGACCCGAUCGCCAAUCCGUUCAAACUCCUUUUGAUACUCUCUCAAUGGGCCGAGCUGUUUAAUUUUAGAUAAGGCCUUAUCAAAGUCUUCUGCCUCUGUUGGCCAAAAACGUACCCAAAAUUCUUUUACAAAUCCGGUCCAUGUCACCAUUCUUCCUUCUUCUUGAUAAGUCCGGUGAAGCCAUUGCCACCACUGGUUGGUUUCGCCCUCUAGGUGGAAAGAAACUAGUUGGACUUUCUGCUCUUCGAGAAUCCCUUGAUACUCAAAGAAUUGUGCGACGUGGUUGAGCCACUCGGUCGAGUCAUCUCUGAAGAAGAUGGAAAAUUCCAACUUGGCGAGUUUAGAGAAGAAUGGCUGUUGGCCAUCGUCACUUCGCUCAGCUCCUUCGUCGCGGCUUAAUCGUGCUCCUCCAUUUCAGUUUGGGGUGUUGCACCUGGAGCCCUCACGAUUGAUUAACAAGGUCUCCGUUAUUCGUUUGAGGGUGUCCUCCAUCUGGUGCAACUUAUCCGCGACUCCUAGCUCCAUUCUACUUAAGCUAUCUUGCAACCCCCCCAUGCUUGCUUCGAGUUGUUCAAUCAUCUCCUUAUUAAAGAUGACUCUGAUACUAAUUGACAAGUUCCAGUUAGAAGCCAAAGUAAAUUAAUAAAGAAAUUCUUUUCAGAUAAGAAUAAACCAUAAGAUUUUAAAUUCAAUAAUUUCAUGUCUUUCUUGCUGCUUGGAAAUGGUUUAAAUACAUAAAAAUACAACCCCAAACUCCUACUUUUAAGCAACUAGAGAUAAAUGGAGGAAAUGGAAUAGUGCAGAAGUUGGCUAGAGAUCGUGGAGGUUGGGAGUGCAGAAGUUGAGCGGGAAUCGUGGGGGUUGAUCCUGGAGUGUUGACUGUUUUCUGGGGAUUCCUUUUUUUUGGGUUGCCGUUGGGAUCUUAUGAUCCUAUCAGCAGCAUUGUUGCUACAUAAUAUAUAUGCAUAUAUAUGUUUGUACAUAUAUAAAACUGGUAUACAGAUUUACUAAUCGGAAAAAAAAAAAAAGUAAACGCGCAGAGAGUGGUUGAAAAUUUUGAAAAUAUUAAGAAAAUGUGGAACCUCAUUUCUGCAAUGAAGCUUCCCAUAUAUUUAUUUAACGGCGGGAUCUUUUGACCAUAGGGCAAGGCAGAUAGAUGCCUCAUCUGCUAGGCUUUACUUAUUUCGCACUAUUCAUCCAUUGCAAGGAAGAUUAGUGGACUAAUCUCUAAGUGCCUGUAAUAUCCUAGUUUGUUGGGCAGUGGACCUGAGUGACGUUAUCGGAAAAAGUUGCAGAAGCGCACGGGGCGAGAGACAGAGAUGGAGGCAGUCGGCUAUAGAACGAGGGGCUUGUUCAGAGGUAAACUCCGAGUGGCGGAAGCGGCCCCACCGGAGGACGUGAAGGAGGUGUUUGAGAGGUAUGCACAAGAUGGGACCGAGAUGAGUGUCGAGCAGCUCCGGCGGUUUCUGGUGGAGUUCCAAGAGGAAGGCGGCACAACGCUGGCCGAAGCCAAGAGGAUCGUCAAGGCCGUCCUGCAGAGGGGGCAUCGCCACGUUCCUAACUUCACUAGGAAAACCCAGACCAACAUUCUCACGCUCGAUGACUUCCAUCGUUACUUGUUCUCUGCCGAUCUCAAUCCCCCUAUUGGUGAUCAGGUCCAUCAUGAUAUGACAGCUCCUCUGUCUCAUUAUUUUAUAUAUGCUGGCUACAAUUCUUAUUUGACUGGAGACCUGCUCAGUGGUGAAUGCAACGACAUCCCAAUCAUAUUUGCACCUCGGACAGGUGUGAGAGUGGUGGAGCUUGAUUUAUGGCCAGACUCUACCAAGAGCGAUGUCAUUGUUUUUCAUGGAAGGUUAAUGGAGCAUAAGGUUCUUUUCAGAAAUUAUGGUGGUUGAAUCUUAAUCACCUUAGGCCUUUUUUCCAUGAAAAUGUUUGUAUCUACGAGGGGAACCAGGAGCCCUCUCUUUCAACUUAAUAUGGGGAGUUUAACUCGGGAGACGACAAUUUUUUAUUAAAGACAUUUGGGGUUGCUGAUCCCUGUUAUUUUAGUUGAAGUCUAUCCACCAGUGAAUACUCUUGAAUCUUGAUUGAGAUACACCAUUUUAAACUUGCAUUUCUUCAGAAAAUUAGUAUUCUCAUAGAAGGACCUGUAAACUAUUGAACAAAGAACAGGGCGGGAAGUAUCCAUAUAUGGCUUCUGGAUUCCAGGUUUUUCUCACUUACAUCGUUGUCAUACUUGUGUUUUGCAAGAUGUUUUAAGUAAUUUCCUUAAUUUUGUUUUGUCCUCCCGGAAAUCUCUUAGAUCGUUUUCCAAAGUAAGUACCUCGACAACUCAAGUGUCACUCAUCAAGUGUUUGAGAUCGAUUAGAGAGUUCUUGAAGACCAUCUCACCCAAGAUCUUCAGGCUAAAGUUCAUGAGAGGUUGCUUGGAACAUUUGGAGAUAUGCUUUUUUCAGUAAAAAAUGGAUAAGAAUUCCCUUCACCAGAAGAAUUGAAGCACCGGAUUAUCAUUUUAACUAAACCUUCAACAGAGUACCUCGAACAAGCUAAUAUUAGUUACCAAAAAGGUAACUCUCAGAAGGAAAAGGCUUCUGAUCAUGAUGUAUGAGAAAGAAGCCAGAAGAAAGAGUUGAUCGGGAGGAGAAUGAGGAGGUUUACUGUAAACUAAAUGAAUUACAUAUUAAUUCCGUGGCUAAACAUGGACGAAUCUGCAUAUUAUAUGAUGUUCACCUCAUGCCUUAUCCUACUUCCCUACAGGGUGGUAGUAAUAUGGAUGGAAUCAAUCACAAUAAUGAAAAUAUCGAGGGCAGUGAUUCAGAAUCGGACUCAGUAGUAGUAUCUGCAUACAAGUCUUUGAUUGUGGUUCAUGCAGGAAAAGCCAAGGGUGCCUUGGAAGAGGCACUAAAAGUUGAACCUAAUAAAGUUAGAUGCCUUAGUCUGGGCGAACAAGCUCUUGAAAAAGCUGUUUCGUCUCAUGGUGCACUUGUUGUGAGAUAUACUCGAAAGAAUCUUUUGAGGAUAUAUCCAAGAAGGAACCUGUUUAAUUUAUCCAACUCUAUGUCGCUAAUUGGUUGGAUGCAUGGAGCUCAAAUGGUUUGCAUUUAACGUGAAGGAGUAUGGUAGAAACCUUUGGUUGAUGCAUGGGAUGUUCAAAUCGAAUGGAGGGUGUGGCUAUGUUAGAAAGCCUUGGUCUCUAUUAAAAUUUGGUCCUGGCCAAAUUUCUUAUUUGAAAGCAGAAGUGCCUGUGAGGAAAAUUUUAAAGGUGAAAGUCUACUAGGGAGAUGGUUACCAAUUAGAUUUUAAGCAGAUUGGCUUUGAGUCACCUCCACCAGAUUGGCAUGUUAAGGUAAGUUGCCGUCAUUAACUAUCUUUUGAAAUAAUUAUGAUAUCUUCAUAUGUCAGGAUCUUAAUCCUGAUUUGGGUGAAAUUGAGGAAGAAGGAAGAAUUGCAGCAGAAAUAGAGAAGAUAAGUGAGAAAUGAGAAUUUAGAACAGUAGUAAAGAGAAUGCAGAGUCGAAUCUGAGUGACGAUUGAGAAUUUUUGUAUUCGAGAUGUUGAUUAGUUUCUCAAUACAAACGAGAACCUUCUACAAAUACCCUCUUGGCCGAAUAACCUAGAAUCAACUAACAUAAGAAUAAUAAAUGAAAAUAGAUGUUGAAACAGUGUAACAAAUACUAAUAACAGAGUAAUUAAUUUUAAUUAAUUGAACUAACAGUAAUGAUAUGUUUAAAACUGGCACACCCUUCUUAGCUCUGUUUCUGCCACUUCUUUCUUAACACCCUAAUGUACUGCAUGUAUUGGCUGAUCCUGUCAUUACCCUUUCACGUAAAUCAUUCUUGACCUUAAUGAAGUGUAAUAACCAGAAAUCAAAGAGCAAAGAAGAUAUAUUAAGCAAUCCACCCCCAUUUUGAACUCCCCAUUCCAUUACACUCCACCUGACAAGUUUAAGCAUCUGCGAUUCACAAAGGUGACAUUUAAUAUGUACUCAAACAUCUUUCCAAGAGCUCAAUGGAGGUUGUAUUCCAAAUUGAAAUUGUUUUUGGAAAACAAUCACCUUCCACAAAUGGAGUUUGGAUUUUAAUUGAAUUUUCAAACUUCAUGAGACUCUGCAGUUGUGGCAUCCUUUCUUCUAUUUGUUGUUGAUACUUGUCGUAGAUGACGCGUUCUCAACAAUACUUUUGGUUGAGGAACUUUGACAAAUACCGUAAACUCAUUCAUCUAGCCACCUUCAUUUCC